AUGAAUCUGACAAAGAGCCGGUACGAGGGGGAGUACCGGGACGGCUGGUUCGACGGAAGGGCACGUUACUACUCGGAUACGCAUUACUACGUGGGGGAGUUUGUCAAAGGCGAGUUCCAUGGCGAGGGCACGUUGGUUUUUCCGACCGGUGCGUAUAAAGGCAAGUGGAACCGAGGAAAGAUGGUCGAGGGGCAGUACGUGUUCAACGACAGUCUGAAGUACGAGUUCAACGACUGGAAAUUUUGCGUGCCUGAGAACCGGUCCUACUAUGAGGAGCUAGUGAAGGGCAUCAAGGCAACCGGCUCCACGCAGAUGACCAGCAACGAGGCCGGCCCCAACUGCAUCCCGGAAGGCACCUACGACGUGGGCGAGGGUUACUACGAGCUAAAGAGCAUCAUCUACAAGAUCAACGGAGAGAUCCUCCGCACCCCUUCGGAAGAGGAGGUGACGCAGAUCAUGGCCAAGUGGUACAACCCCCGGCAGCUGGACAUCACGGGGGCAGACGACACCGUGAUUAACAAGAUGAUCGCCAGCAACAAGGCUAGGGACCUCAAGGAGCGGCUCUAG